AUGCCUUAUGAAGAAGAUGGCGAGUCUUGGGACCUCAACUACAGCCAGCAUGUGGAGGGAAUGGCUGAGAACAGGCCUGGGCACAAGAAGUUCGACGCAUAUCGUCUGCCAAAGUGGGUGAAGCAUCCUCUUUCACAUCCCUUCAGCGGCAUCACCAUCGGCGCUGAUGCAUAUGCCUAUGCCUGCCUCAACGGCACGCUGGAUGGACUGACAAAUUUCCUGGGCUGGGGCCCGGCCCACAUUGCCUGCAUGUAUGGAAACAUGGACAUGCUGAAGGCCUGCACCGAACAGGAGCUCAGCGCGCAAACCUUCAACGGUGAGACGCCAGCGUGGUAUGCUGUCCGCUACGGAACACCAUGGUGCCUGCAGUGGCUCGUUGAGCAUGGUGCGGAUACCACGACACCAGAUCUCAAUGGCUAUACGCCACAGCAGUUGAUCCACAUCAACAACCGGAACGAAGGUCAGGAAAUGGAGUGGUUGGAGGCCGCCAUCAAAGGCGAGCUCACCGAUAAGAAGAAUCAGCAAGCGCAGGAAUUCAAACUGAAGAAGUGGCGGUUUGAAGGCUUGGAUUCCUAUGCGGAGGACUGGCUUGAUAAGAACAAGGCCAAGCAACGCAAAUAUGUGUACAAGACAGGUGAUUUUCCUGAUCCAUAUCCCCUGCCCACAGCAGAGGAACUCUGGGCCAAAAUGGACCUGCCUCGAUCAACAAUCCCACGCCCACCAGCCAAGAGCAAGCCUCCACUUCCAGUGGCAAUGCUCUUCCCUGGACAGGGCUCGCAGUACCCCGGCAUGCUCAAGUCAUGUCUGGACAUCCCGGCCGUUGAGAAGAUGCUCGAGAAAGCGGAGAGCAUUUUGGGCUGGAGUGUGAAGCAGCUGUGCUUGGAGGGGCCCGAGGCGAAGCUUGAGGAGACCAAGUAUUGCCAGCCCGUCAUGUACGUGGCUGGCGUUGCAGGCAUCGAGCUGAUGAAGCAGACGAAGCGCGAGAUGGUGGACCGUGUGCAGGCCGUGGCUGGCUUGAGUCUCGGUGAGUACACCGCACUUUGUGCUGCUGGAGUGCUGGAGUUCGAGGACGGCCUUGAGCUGGUGAAGCUGCGGGCAGAGGCCAUGCAGAAGGCAACCGAGGCGGUGCCGCAAGCCAUGUGUUCAGUGGCUGGCUUGGACAAGCCCACAGUCGAGCGCCUGUGCAAAGAGGCCAAAGAGUUGGACACGGUAUCCCCUUCACCAGUGUGUCAGGUCGCCAACGUGUUGUUUCCCGCCGGCUUCACGUGCGGUGGCACGAAGCCUGCCAUUGAAAAGUUGUGCGAGCUGGCAACCAAGGCUCGAGCACUGCAGGCUAGGAAGAUCAAGACCGGCGGCGGAUUCCACACUCCUCUCAUGGCGCCAGCGCAGGAGGAGCUCUCCAAGGCGAUUGACGCCACGCUGCCAAAGAUGAAGCCCCCAAGGUGCGCUGUUUACUUCAACCUCACAGGGAAGAAGAUGCCACCAGGAACGAAGCCGGCAGAAUUUGUGGAUUACAUGAAGAAGCAGCUCACGAGCGAAGUUCUUUGGGAGCAGACCGUGAAGCAAAUGGUGUUUGAUGGGGUGAAGGACUUCUACGAGGUGGGCCCCCUGAAGCAGCUGAAGGCCAUGAUCAAGAGGAUCGACCAAGAUGCAUUCAAGCGGACGGAGAACAUACCUGUCUGA